UACUAAUAAAAAUUGCAAAAUUAACCCAAAAUGUCCACUUUUUAGCAAGGUGGGACUGUAACCCAUGUAUCGAAGAAUAUAAAAAGCUGAAUUUACAUGAUUUAGUAUGUCAAAAAUCAUCCAACGAUCAAAAAUGUUCCACUACAUUGUUAUCUUAGCUCUUGCCUCUGCAGUACUGGCUGACCCAGCUCCAAAAGCCGACCCAAGUCUCCUUGCAGCUCCUCUCGCAGUCGCCCCAGCUGUAGCUCCAGCAGUCGUCACCGCCCAAAGUUCGCAAGUCUUCGCCCGUCAGUACAACGCCUUAGUAGCUCCAGCAGCUCCUCUUGUAGCAGCCGCUCCGGUUGCAGCAGCUCCUCUUGUAGCAGCCGCUCCAGUAGCACCAGCACCUUAUGUAGCAGCUCCAGCUACCCCUUUGCUGGCGGGCUACAGGGUCGCUGCCCCUUACUUAGCUGCUCCUGGUUAUUUAUAAACCAUGUAAAUUUGUAACUUAAUUUGUACAUAACGAAGAAAUAUAAUAAUA